GGAGCAGAGAGCAAAAGCAGGCUAAAAGCACUCGCUGUUGGCCUUAAGCAGCCAGACGCGGUCGCCGCAGCACCACUUUAUAAUACACAAGCGCCUGGCGCCGCUGCGCUGCCACGCCGCGCUCCGAAACAGCCCCUGCAAGCCCCACACCUCGCGAGCGCCUCGAGCCGGCUCUAAACAGCAGCAGUCAUCAUGGCCGAGCCCCCGCCCGUCCAGGUCGUCGCGGGCGCCACACAAGCCCCGCAGCCCAUGGAGGACACCUUACAAAUAACACCUUUGGGCGGCGGCAAAGAAGUCGGUCGUUCCUGCCAUCUACUGGAAUUUCGAGGGAGGUCCGUUUUAUUAGAUUGCGGCAUUCAUCCCGGUAGAUCCGGCUUAGAUGCCCUCCCAUUCUUAGACACCGUAGACUUAUCAACCGUAGACCUACUCCUCGUUUCUCAUUUCCACAUCGACCACGCGGCCGGCGUCCCGUACUUGACGGAGAAAACGGGUUUUAAAGGCAGGAUCUUCAUGACCCACGCCACAAGAGCCGUCAUGAGACUACUACUGUCCGAUUACAUUCGUUUACUACCGUCGGGCGACGGCAGGAAGCAAGGCGGCGAAGGGAGCGGUGGCAGGGACGGCUUGUACGACGAAGCGGACCUAGCUAAUUGUUGCGACAAGGUCGAGUUGGUCGACUUCCACCAGGUCGUCGAACACAACGGCAUUAGGUUCUGGAGCUAUAACGCUGGACAUGUUCUUGGCGCGGCGAUGUUCUACAUCGAGAUCGGGGGCGUGCGCUUGCUAUAUACCGGAGACUACAGUAUGGAGGAGGAUCGUCAUUUAGUACCUGCGGAGGUACCUUCUCUGGAACCGCACGUGUUAAUUAUGGAGAGCACUUACGGAACUCAAAAACAUGAAUCCAGAGAUGUCCGAGAAGCUUUGUUCACGUCGACGAUCGAGCGCAUCGUGCAACGGGGCGGUAGAUGUUUGAUCCCGGCCUUUGCCCUCGGGCGGGCGCAAGAGUUACUGUUGAUCCUGGACGAGUACUGGAAGGAGCGGGAGGAUCUCCACCGGAUUCCCGUCUUCUACGCUUCCAAGAUGGCGACGCGCGCUUUGAGGGUCUACCAGACGUAUAUAAACAUGAUGAACCAGCACGUCCGCGACCAGUGUCGAAACUCGCGGCGAUGGCGUCUUCGCGCGAGUCCACGCGUACACACGCAGGUGAGGGACCAGAUGGACGUCGCGAACCCCUUUAGGUUUGCACAUGUGCAAAAUUUGAAUUCGGUAGAUGAUCUCGACGACACGGGGCCCUGCGUCGUCAUGGCGGCUCCUGGUAUGCUCCAGAGUGGUGUUUCUCGUAGAUUGUUUGACAAGUGGGCCUCGUCGGAACGGAACGGUGUGGUCAUUGCGGGGUACUCCGUCGAAGGCACGCUGGCGAAGCAAAUCUUGAGUGAACCGGACGAGGUGAGAACGAUGGACGGGCGGGUCCAAGCGCGACGGUGUACGGUGGUCUCUGUCAGUUUCAGUGCCCACGUCGACUUCUUCCAGAACUUUUCGUUCGUGGAGGCGACGCGGUCCGUGACGCAGUGUCUGUUUCUGAAGGUUUCUGAACUUCAACUUUGGGAAGAUGGCGUCUCCACGAUAUCACGCCGCCGCGACGCCGUCGACGUGGCCGUCAGAGAGUCGACGUGUCUCGCGACGCCGUCGGUCGACGCAGGCCCGACAACAUCGUCUUAGUGCAUGGCGAGAAGAACGAGAUGGACCGCCUGAAGGGUAAACUAGUGCAAGAAACAAACAAGUGGCCGUCGGACAGAAGACCGACCGUGUCUUCGCCGGAGAACGGCCAAUUGGUGAAGAUGAAGUUCCAACGCGACCGACGGGCGGCCUGCGUGGGCGCGACGUGGGACGACGAUCAGAUGAGUGACGUAGACAAGCCGAAACGUAGGAGAGUGCAGGCUGGCGUACUCGUAAGGAGGGAUUUGAGAACGACGCUCUACGCUGAUGAUGAAUUAAGGGACAGUUCGCCUCUCGCGGUCACGGCCUUAGCGCAGACGGUACGACUACGAUUAAGUUGUGGAGUAGAUGGCUUGGACUUUCUGCUGAGGCAGACCUUCGCGGACGUGCAAGAGGGCACUGCGACAGAUGACGAGUGCGACGGCGCCUUCGAGAAAGGAUGGGUCAUUUGUGGCGCCGUGCGUGCGUCUGUUUAUGGACUAGAAGCAGGGGAGAAGGAGUUAACAUUAAAUUGGAAUGCGGCACCCUUGGGUGAUGCGGUCGCCGACGCCACUGCUUGUCUCGCGUUACACGCGGCGACUUCCGUACCAGCUUUGAGGAAUGCGGGGCCCUGCUGCGCGCCGCCGGCGACCCAGCGCGACGGCGGCGCCGCUGCUGCCGCAUUGGUCCGGGACGCGUUAUCUGAUUCCUUCGGUGAGGAGAACGUGACGGAUUGCGAACCGGCGGACGGCGACGAACAAGAGUACAUUUGUCUGAUGAAGGUCGUCCUCGACGAGCAGAGCGCGACCUGUGGAUUAGUGCGCGAAGGGAGCGAGCUGCGCGCCGACGUCGCGUCGGACGACGACGCGCUGCGAAGGCGGCUGCGGAAGCUGCUCGAGCGGACUUUGUCAGUGUGCGUGCCGAUCCCGACUUCGAGUGGGGGGUAACAUGGAGUGCUGGGUUUUCGCGUCGGCGGCGUACCGUUUUGGCAUCCCGUGCUAGCACUAGUGCGCGCGGGCGUUUAGUCGAUGUUACGGUGCUAGGACUAGCGCGCGGGCGUUUUGGCUAGCUUGUAGACC